AUGUUGGACAUUGAGGAUUUCAUCGAGGAGCGCGGCGGAAACCCCGAGAAGAUUCGGGAGAGUCAGCGUCGCCGACAUGCUCCUGUCGAGCUCGUCGACGAGGUUAUUGCCCUUUGGCAAGAUGCUCGGAAAACGCAAUACGGCGUCACGCAGAUCGGUACCCAAAUAAACGGUGUUCAGAAGGAGAUUGGUCUCAAGAAGAGGGCCAAGGAGGACGCGACCGAGCUGCUCCAGCAGAAGGAGGAGUUGACACAGAAGAAGAAGAUCCAGGAGGAGCUUGCUCUGGCCAAGAACGCCGAGCUCAAGGCCAAGGCCAAGCUCGUCGGAAACUACGUCCACGACUCCGUGCACGUCAGCGACAACGAGGACAACAACACCAUCGAGCGAACUUGGAAGCCCGAGGGCUUCGAGGAGUCCAAGAAGGCUGCUCUUUCCCACCACGAGGUGCUCUGGAGAAUCGGAGGAUAUGACCCUGUUCGAGGUGUUAAGCUGGUCGGCCACCGAGGCUACUGCUUGACUGGUUAUGGCAUGUUCUUGAACUUGGCUCUGAUCAACUACGCCACAACUUUCCUCUUCAACAAGGGCUACACUCCCAACCAACCCCCUUUCAUGCUCGAUCGUGGACAGAUGGCCAAGACCGCCCAGCUCUCCCAGUUCGACGAGGAGCUCUACCGUGUCUCUGAGGGCCCUACACCCUCUGAUUCGGAUCGAUACCUGAUCGCCACCAGCGAGCAGCCCCUGUCUGCCCUCCACGCCGACGAGUGGAUCCAGCCUACUGAGCUCCCGAUCAAAUACUGCGGCUACAGCACUUGCUUCCGAAAGGAGGCUGGCAGCCACGGACGCGAUGCUUGGGGCGUGUUCCGUGUGCACCAGUUUGAGAAGGUCGAGCAGUUUGUGCUCUGCGGUCCUGAUGACAGCUGGGACCACUUUGAUCAGAUGAUGGCCAACUCUGAGGAGUUCUACAAGUCUCUGGGUCUCCCCUACCAGGUGGUGGGAAUUGUCACUGGCGCCCUCAACAACGCCGCUGCCAAGAAGUAUGAUCUGGAGGCCUGGUUCCCCUUCCAGUCUGAGUACAAGGAGCUGGUUUCUUGCUCCAACUGCACAGACUACCAGACCCGUGAGCUCGAGAUCCGUCACGGAUCCAAGAAGGGCAAGCAGAUCGUGGGCGGUGGAAAGAAGGAGUACGUGCAUGCUCUGAACGCGACCCUGUGCGCGACUGAGCGAACAAUGUGCUGCAUUCUCGAGAACUACCAGACUGAGGAGGGAUUGGUUGUUCCCGAGGUGCUCCGGAAGUACAUUCCAGGAGAGCCCGAAUUCCUGCCGUUCGUUAAGGAGGCCCCCAAGGACAGCGAGAAGACAGAGAAGAAGGACGGAAAGAAGGAGAAGGCUCUCCCAGUGCGCGAGAACAAGGCAUAG